AUGGCGGAGGAAGGGGCUGUCGCGGUGUGCGUGCGGGUCCGGCCGCUCAACAGCAGAGAAGAAGCUCUUGGAGGAGAUACCCAAAUUUACUGGAAAACUGACAAUAAUGCUAUUUAUCAAGUUGAUGGCAGUAAAUCCUUCAAUUUUGAUCGCGUCUUUCAUAGUAAUGAAACUACUAAAAAUGUGUAUGAAGAAAUAGCAGUACCAAUCAUAGAUUCUGCCAUACAAGGCUACAAUGGUACCAUAUUUGCCUAUGGGCAGACUGCUUCAGGAAAAACAUAUACCAUGAUGGGUUCAGAGGAUUAUUUGGGAGUAAUACCCAGGGCAAUUCAUGACAUUUUCCAAAAAAUUAAAAAGUUUCCUGACAGAGAAUUUCUCUUACGUGUGUCUUACAUGGAGAUAUACAAUGAAACCAUUACAGACUUACUCUGUGACACUCAAAAAAUGAAGCCUUUAAUAAUUCGGGAAGACUUCAACAGGAAUGUAUAUGUGGCUGAUCUCACAGAAGAAGUUGUUUAUACAUCAGAAAUGGCUUUGAAGUGGAUCACAAAAGGAGAGAAGAACAGACAUUAUGGAAUUACAAAAAUGAAUCAAAGAAGCAGUCGUUCUCAUACCAUUUUUAGGAUGAUUUUGGAAAGUAGAGAGAAAGGGGAACCUUCCAAUUGUGACGGAUCCGUCAAGGUGUCCCAUUUGAAUUUGGUUGAUCUUGCAGGCAGUGAAAGAGCUGCUCAAACAGGCGCUGAAGGUGUGCGACUCAAGGAAGGCUGUAAUAUAAAUCGCAGUUUAUUUAUUUUGGGACAAGUGAUCAAGAAACUUAGCGAUGGACAAGUUGGUGGUUUCAUAAAUUACCGGGACAGUAAAUUAACACGAAUUCUCCAGAAUUCUUUGGGAGGAAAUGCAAAAACACGUAUUAUCUGCACAAUUACUCCAGUGUCUUUUGAUGAAACCCUUACUACUCUACAGUUUGCCAGCACUGCCAAAUAUAUGAAGAAUACUCCUUAUGUUAAUGAGGUAUCAAGUGAUGAAGCUCUCCUGAAAAGAUACAGAAAAGAAAUAAUGGAUCUUAAAAAACAGUUAGAGGAGGUUUCUUUAGAGACUCGAGCCCAGGCAAUGGAAAAAGACCAAUUAGCCCAACUUUUGGAAGAAAAAGAUUUGCUUCAAAAAGUACAGAUUGAGAAAAUUCAGAACUUAACACGGAUGCUGGUGACUUCUUCUUCCCUCACAUCACAACAGGAAUUAAAGGCUAAAAGAAAACGAAGAGUCACUUGGUGUCUUGGCAAAAUUAACAAAAUGAAGGACUCAAAUUAUUUAAAUGAAUUUAAUAUGUCAGCAAAUAUAGCAAAAACACAUAAGGCAGCUGUAACUAUGAUAGGAGAAAUUGAUGAAUCUAUCUCUUCAGAAUCUGAUAUUUUCAGUAACACUCUUGAUCCAUUAACAGAGGUAGAGUGGAAUCCAGCAACAAAGCUACUAAGUCAGGAAAACUUAGAAAGUGAGCUGAAUUCACUUCGUGCCAACUAUGAUAAUCUGAUAUUGGACUAUGAACAAUUGAGACGAGAAAAUGAAGAAAUGGAAUUGAAAUUAAAAGAAAAGAAUGAUUUGGAUGAAUUUGAGGCUCUAGAAAGAAAAGCGGAAAAAGAUCAGGAGAUGCAACUAAUUCAUGAAAUUUCCAACUUAAAGAAUUUAGUUAAGCAUGCAGAAGUAUAUAAUCAGGAUCUUGAGAAUGAGCUAAGUUCAAAAGUAGAGUUGCUUAGAGAAAAGGAAGAACAGAUUAAGAAGCUACAGAAAUACAUAGACUGUCAGAAGUCAGAAGAUACAAAAAUGGACUUGUCAUACUCAUCGGAAAGCACUGAAGACCUAAAACAAAUGAAACAGACUCUGCUUGAUGCUGAAGGUGUAGCUCUUGAUGCCAAGAGAGAAUCCGCCUUUCUCAGAAGUGAAAAUCUAGAGCUGAAAGAGAAAAUGAAAGAACUUGCAAAUGCAUAUAAGCAAAUGGAAAAUGAUAUUCAGUUAUAUCAAAGCCAGUUGGAGGCAAAAAAGAAAAUGCAAGUUGAUCUGGAGAAAGAAUUACAAUCUUCUUUUAAUGAAAUAACAAAACUCACCUCCCUUAUAGAUGGCAAAGUUCCAAAAGAUUUGCUCUGUAAUUUGGAACUGGAAAGAAAGAUUACUGAUCUGCAGAAAGAACUGAAUAAAGAAGUUGAAGAAAAUGAAGCUUUACGUAAAGAAGUUAAUUUGCUGUCAGCAUUGAAACCUUUACCCUCAGAAUUAGAAAUAUUAAGGAAAGAGAUACAUGAUAAAUCUGAAGAGCUCUAUAUAAUAAUAUCGGAAAGAGACAAAUUGUUUUCUGAAGUAGUUCAAAAGGAGAAUAGAAUUCAAGAUUUACUUGAAGAAAUAGAGAAAACUAAAAAUGACCUAGCAACUACCCAGAUGAAUUAUAAAAGCACUGAUCAAGAAUUCCAAGAUUUAAAAAAUCAUCUUGAAUUUGAGCAAAAGUAUAAGAUGGUCCUUGAGGAGAAUGCAAGAAGGAAUCAGGAAAUAGGAAAUCUCUCUAAACAAGCUCAAAAACUUGGUUUAAGUUCUCAUGCUUUGAGCACAGAGCUUUGUCCGAAAACCAAAGAACUUCAGCAGAAAGCAACCGAGAGUCAAGAAGUGUUAAAUGAAAUGGAAGAGCUAAAGGAACAAUUAGAAAGUAGAGAUUCUAGGCUGCAAACUGUAGAAAAGGAAAAAGCACUGAUUGCUGAGCAACUGCAGCAAACCUUGGUGGAAAUAAAAACCUUAACCCAAGAAAGGGAUGACCUAAAACAACUCCAGGAGAGCCUGCAAAUUGAGAGGGACCAACUAAAAAGUGACAUUCAGGAUACUGUAAACAUGAAUAUAGACACCCAGGAACAAUUACGAAAUGCUCUUGAGUCUUUGAAACAACACCAAGAAACAAUCAACACACUAAAAAUGAGAAUUUCUGAGGAAACUUCCAGGAAUUUGCAUACGGAGGAAAACUUAGGAGGAACUAAAGAUGAAUUCCAGGAAAAGAUGGCUGACACAGAUAAAAAACAGAAUUUGAAAGCCAAAAAUACUCAAGCACUGAUUGCAAAUGUUGAAGAUAAUGAGCUAACUGAGCAACAGAGAAAGAUACUUUCUUUAAUACAGGAGAAAAAUGAACUGCAACAAAUGUUAGAGAGUAUUACAGCAGAAAAGGAACAAUUGAAGACUGACCUAAGGGAAAAUAUUGAAAUGAUGAUUGAAAACCAAGAAGAAUUAAGAAUUCUUGGAGGUGAACUUAAAAGGCAACAAGAGAUAAUUACACAAGAAAAGAACCAUACCAUGAAGAAAGAGGAAGAGCUUUCUAGGACCUGUGAGAAAUUAGCAGAAGUUGAAGAAAAGCUAAAGGAAAAGAGCCAACAACUACAAGAAAAACAGCUAAAGCUUCUUAGUGUACAAGAAGAGAUGAGUGAGAUGCAGAAAAAGAUGAGUGAAAUGGAGAAUGUAAAGAAUGGAUUAAGAAGCCAAGAAUUAACAUUGGAACAUAUGGAAAUGGAGAGGCUAGAAUUGGCUCAGAAGCUCCAUGAAAAUUAUGAGGAACUGAAAUCCAUAACCAAGGAAAGAAAUGAUCUAAAAGAAUUACAGGAAUCAUUUGACAUAGAGAGAGAGAAACUUCAAGAUUACAUAAGAGAACUCGAAGUUACGGGUCUAGAAACAAAAGAAGAACUAAAAAUUGCUCAUGUGCAUCUCAAAGAACAACAAGAAACUAUUGAUGAACUAAGAAGAAACAUUUCUGAGAAGACAGCUCAGAUGAUAAAUAUUCAGAAUGACUUAGAAAAAUCCAAUACUGAAUUACAAGAAAAGAUCCCAGUGCUUCAUGAGGAACAGGAACUACUGCCUAAUGUGAAAGAAGUCAGCAGUACUCAGGAAACAGGGCAUGAACUGGAACUAUUAAGGAAACAAUCCAAAACCAAGGAUUCAAUGACCCCUGCAUGCAUAGAAAUGGAAAAGCUUGGGUUGACUGAAAAACUUCCAGAAAGUCAUGAUGAAAUAAAAUCUCUAACUGAUGAAAGAGACAACCUUAGAAUGAGAAAAGAAGCAGUUCGGGCUGGACAAGACCAGUUGAAAGAAGACAUUAGAGAAACUUUGGCUAAAAUCCGAGAGGCUCAAGACAAACAAGAACGGUCCUUCAAUAUGGAAGAAAAAGACGGCGCACCUGAGAAAAUGAUGAGCGAGAUGGAGCAACUGAAGGAGCAGCUCAAAGCCACAGAGUCAGCCCUGCAAAGAAUGGACGUGGAAAAGCUCGAGAUGUCCGAGAGGCUUCAGGAAAGUUGUGAUGAACUGAAAUGUAUAACUAAGGAGAGAGACAACAUACAAAGGCUGCAAGAAGUUCUUCAGUCCGAAAGCAACCAGCUCAAAGAAAACAUGAGGGAAAUCAUAGCUAAGCACCUGGAAACUGAAGAGGAACUGAAAGUUGCUCAUCGUCAUAUGAAAGAACAGGAGGAAACUAUUGAGAAGCUAAGAGUGAAUCUUUCUGAGACGGAAAAUGAGCUGUCCAGCCUUCAAAAAGAAUUAGAAAUAACUAAUGAUGAAUUACAGAAAAAGAUCCAAGAGCUUCAUGCGAAACAGGAACAAUUUAUUACCACCAAAGAAAUCAGUGAGACUCAGGAGAAAAUGAGUGCACUGGAGCAAUUAAAGGAACAACUCAAAGUCAAAGAUUCAUCACUACAAAGUAUAGAAAGCGAGAGGCUCCAGUUGACCGAGAAACUUAAGGAAAGUCAAGAUAAAAUAAAAAUUAUAAUUAAGGAAAGAGAUGAACUGAAAAGGAUGCAGGAGGCCCUUCAAAUGGAGAGAGACCAACUCAAAAAAAACAUUAAAGAAAUUGUAACUGAAAUGCAAGAACUUCAGCAAAAAGAACAUCAGCUUCUAAAGAUGAAGCCUGUCAAUGAGACUCAGGAAAAAAUGUGUGAAAUAGAAUACUUGAAGAACCAAUUUGAGGCCCAAAAGUCAACUCUGGAAAAUAUAGAAAAGGAGAAUGUAAGGUUAAUUCAGAGACUUCACGAAAACCUUGAAGAAAUGAGAUCUGUUACAAAAGAAAGAGAUGAUCUUAGGAGUGUAGAGGAGACUCUCAAAGUAGAGAGAGACCAGCUCCAGGAAAACCUGAGAGAAACCGUAAUUAGAGACCUGGAAAAACAAGAGGAACUAAGAAUUGCUCACAUGCAUGUGAAAGAACACCAGGAAACUAUUGAUAAACUCCGGGACAUUAUUUCUGAGAAAACAGAUGAAAUAUCAAAUAUGCAAACGGAUUUAGAAAACACAGAUACUGCCUUAAAAGUACAGGACCUAGAAAAACAAGAGGAACUAAGAAUUGCUCACAUGCAUGUGAAAGAGCACCAGGAGACUAUUGAUAAACUCCGGGGCAUUGUUUCUGAGAAGACAGAUGAAAUAUCAAAUAUGCAAAUGGAUUUAGAAAAUUCAAACGCUAAAUUACAAGAAAAGAUUCAGCAACUUAAGGCAAAUGAACAUCAACUUUUUAAGUUAAAGGAAGAUGUCAGUGAGACACAGAAAAAAAUGUCUGAAAUAGAGCGAUUAAAGAAACAAUUCAAGGACCAAAGUUUAACUCUGGAUAAAAUAGAAAUGGAGAACUUAAAUUUGGCCCAGCAGCUUCAUGAAAACCUUGAAGAAAUGAAAUCUAUAAUGAAAGAAAGAGAUAAUCUGAAAUUGGAGAGAGACCAGCUCAAGGAAGACCUACAGAAAACCAUAGCUAGAGAUCUAGAAACACAACAAGAACUAAAAGUUGUCCAUAUGCAUUUGAAAGAAUACCAAGAAACUAUUGAUAAAUUCAGGCAGAGAGUUUCAGAAAAGACAACUCAGAUUUCAAAUAUUCAAAAGAGUUUAAAUAAAUCUAAAGAUGAAUUACAGAAAAAGAUACAAGAACUUCAGAAAAAAGAGCUUCAACUUCUUAAAAUGAAAGAAGAUGUCAAUAAAACCCAUAAAAAUAUAAACAGAAUGGAACGAUUGAAGCAGCAGUUUGAGGCCCAAACUUUAUCUAUGCAAAGUGUGGAAGUGGAUAACUUACACUUGACUAAGAAACUUCAUAAAAGACUUGAAGAACUCAGAAUUGUAGCUGAGGAAAGAGAUGAGCUAAGGAGGAUAAAAGAGUCUCUGAAAAUGGAAAGAGACCAAUUCAGAGAAACGUUAAGAGAAAUGAUAGCUAGAGACCAACAGAACCAUAAAGAGGUAGUAAAAUAUGAAAAAAAGUUGCCAUGUAAUGGGAAACACCACCUCACAGAAAGCCUGAGAGACAAGUGCUCUAGGAUAAAAGAGCUUCUGAAGAGAUACUCAGAGAUGUAUAAUCAUUAUGAGUGCUUAGAUAGACUAUCCCUUGACUUGGAGAAGGAAGUUGAAACCCAAAAAGAGCUUUCAAUUAGAGUGAGAGCAAACCUCUCACUUCCGUAUCCACAAAUCAAACAAAUUCAAAAACUUCUUACUGCAAACCAGAGAGGUUCAAUGGAAUUCCACAGAGUCAUGAAGAAACUUCAGUAUGUGUUAAGCCAUGUUACAAAGAUAAAGGAAGAACACCAUGAAUCCAUCAAUAAAUUUGAAGUGUUUUUUAUUGAUGAAGUGGAAAAGCAAAAUGAACUGCUAAUUAAAAUACAACACCUUCAACAAGAUUAUGAUGUGCCAUCCAGAGAAUUAACAGACCUUAAAUUGAGCCAGAAUAUGGAUCUACAUAUUGAGGAAAUUCUCAAAGAUCUUUCAGAAAAUGACUUCCACUGCAUAAAGGCUGAAUUUCAACAAGUGCUAAGUAAUAGGAAAGAAAUGACCCAGUUUUUGGAAGAAUGGUUGAAUACUCAUUUUGAUACAGAAAAGUUUAAAAAUGGCAUCCAGAAAGAAAAUGAUAGGAUUUGUCAAGUGAAUAACUUCUAUAAUAACAAGAUAAUUGCUAUAAUGAAUGAAUCUACAGAGUUUGAAGAAAGAAAUGCUACCAUAACUAAAGAAUGGGAACAUGACCUGAAAUCAGUGAAAGAGAAAAAUGAACAACUAUUUAAAAACUACCAAACUUUGAAGAUCUCCCUGACAUCUGGUGUCCUUGUUAAUGCUGUUACCAAAGACAAUAAGAAUCUUCAUGUUACAUCAAGAGCCACACAACUAACCACAGAGAAAAUUCAGGAGUUGGAAACUUCACUGCGUGAAGCUAAGGAAAGUGCUAUGCACAAGGAAAGCAAGAUUAUAAAGCUGCAGAAAGAACUUGAGAUGACUAAUGACCUAGGAGCAAAACUUCAAGCACAAGUUAAUGAAUCAAAUAAAUGCCUUGAAAAGACUAAAGAAAUGAUCCAAGUACUUCAGGACAAAGUUGCUUUAGGAGCUAAGCCCUACAAAGAAGAAAUUGAAGAUCUCAAAACAAAGCUGGUAAAAAUAGACCUAGAGAAGAUGAAAACUGCCAAAGAGUUUGAGAAAGAAAUUACUUCUACAAAAGCCACUGUAGAAUAUCAAAAAGAAGUUAUAAGGGUAUUGAGAGAAAAUCUUAGAAGAAAUCAACAAGCGCAAGAUACCUCACUUGUAUCAGAAUGUACGGACUCUCAGCCUUCUAAUAAACCCUUAACCUGUGGAGGUGGCAGUGGCAUCGUACAAAGCACAAAAGCUCUUAUUUUUAAAAGUGAAUAUAUACGGCUAGAAAAAGAAAUCUCUAAGUUAAAGCAGCAAAAUGAACAGCUAAUAAAGCAAAAAAAUGAACUAUUAAGCAAUAAUCAUCAUCUUUCCGGUGAGGUCAAAAUGUGGAAGGAAAGAAUCCUUAAAAGAGAGGCACACAAAGAAGUUAAUUGUGAGAAUUCUCCACAGUCUCCUAAAAUGACUAGAACAGCUUCCAAAAAGAGGCCACAUACACCUUCUCAAUGCAAGGAACGGAAUUUACAAGAUCCUGUGCCAAGGGAAUCACCAAAAUCUUCAUUUUUCGAUAGCCGAUCAAAGUCUUUACCAACACCUCAACCAGUUCGCUAUUUUGAUAACUCAGGUUUAGGCCUUUGCCCAGAAGAACAAACUGCUGGAGCAGAGAGAGUGGGUCCUCAGCCAAGUCUUUGGCACACCUCCUCAAGAAAAGAUAUGCCUGAGUGCAAGACCCAGUAG